GAACUGCUCAAGGAAGAAGAAGUUGCGGACGUCUGCCUGCAGUUGAAAGAAAUCCUCUUGAACGAGCCCAACGUGUGUAGCAUACGAGCGCCUGUCACAGUUGUCGGCGACAUCCAUGGACAGUUCCAUGACCUCCUGGACUUGUUCCGAGUCGGCGGAUUCUGUCCCAGCACCAACUACUUGUUCCUGGGAGACUUUGUGGACAGAGGAAGGAACGUCGGGCGGGGGAGGGCUGGUGUGGGACUGAGACAGCAGCGCAGCCACAGCGUGGAGACGAUCUCCCUGCUUGCAUGCCUCUCUGUGCGAUACCCUCGGAGGAUCAAGCUCAUUCGAGGCAACCACGAGUCGCGGCAGAUCACCCAGGUCUACGGGUUCUACUCGGAGUGCGUCAGGAAGUACGGGGACGCGGCGGUCUGGAAACAUUUCACCGACCUCUUCGACUUUCUGCCCCUCGCUGCUGUCAUCGACGAGUCCAUAUUCUGUGUGCAUGGAGGCCUUUCCCCGUCCGUGUGGACGAUCGAACAAAUAUCACUCAUCGACAGGUUUCAGGAGAUCCCCAGUGACGGCGCAGCGGCAGAUCUGCUCUGGUCAGACCCAGACCCGAAUCGUGAAGGCUUCAACCCGUCCACAAGAGGAGCAGGCUACACCUUCGGCGCCGAUGUCGUGCAGCAAUUCCUGCAGGAGAACGGCCUCAUUCACGUUCUCCGAGCUCACCAACUCUGCAUGGAAGGCUACCAGGUCAUGUUUGACAACUUGCUGUCAACCGUUUGGUCAGCGCCCAACUACUGCUACAGGUGCGGCAACUUGGCGUCGAUCCUCGAGGUCGACGAGGCGCUUGACUUUCACUUCAACGUCUUCAGCUCUGCCCCCACCAGGCGCAGCGACAGCAAGAACAAGCUGAGACAGGACUUCUUCCUGUGA